AUGAGUAAGAAUGUAAGUAAUGAGGUCAACGACACCAAUGAUAUAGGGAGAUCACAAUCUCCAAGCGUUAGUUCACAUUCUUAUGCUAUCCCAAUAACCGAUGAUAUGGCUAGUGAACUCUCAGAGAACAUAUCAUCAAGUUCUAGUAACAAUUCCGAUAAUGAUGACGAAGGUGAAAGCUUGCAUGCUCUCAAUCAUGAAUUAGAAGACAAUGAGGAUGAUUCAGAAAUAGCGUCGCAAGAAUUAAACGAUCUCCUUCAGAAUGUUGUGCCUGAAUCUGCAGGUAAUGCAACUGAUACUACUAAAACAAGCGCUGGUAAUAAUGGACCAUUAUUGAAUUCCCAGGGAUCUGAUCCAAUGUUUGAUGUUUCUAAGUAUAUAUUUGAAUCAUUGACUCAAGCGGUGGAAUCCAUAGACUUUUCUGAAGCUUUCCAAUCACAAACGAAAACGUCUGCAGUGAUUAAUUCUAAAAGUUUGGAAUUAAGACAAUUGCUUAAUAUGACAAAGAAACAAUUGAAUCACUUCCAAGAAAGAUUUGAAAACGGGGUCGUUGUAUCUAAUCGUAUAAAGCGAAAUAUAAUUGAUGCAAGGAGGAAAAUUAAUAAGUUUAAUGAUGAACUCCGAACACAAUAUCCUAUUGAAUUUAACCAAGCAAGGGAGAAAAUUAUUGAUAGACAACUUGAUCAGGAUGACGACAGUGGGGAAAACAGUCACUAG